GUCUGGGAAGGGUCAGGCGGUUGGUGUCAAGACUAUGGGGAAGUGUAGUGGAGGAUCGGAGACAGCGGGCGAUUAACCUUCUUGGUGUUUGAAUGGAGGACAUUCUGCUCAUCCAGUUGUCAAGAGGAUGUGUGAUUUGAAGGUGUUAGUGUUCACAUCCAUUGGCUAGUCCGGUCCUUCUAGUUGGUGGGGGUUGAGGAUUUGGGACACUUUAUCGAAGUUUCCCUUCCUUUCUCUCUCUUUGUCUCUUUCCAUACAGCCAAAAAUCUUGAGGAGGCCCGGAGCAGGUGGCAGCUUCCCUUUCUCAAUGAACAUUACUGAACUGGGUGGAUUUUUUUUGACAACCUGGAAGCUUUGACUUUAACCCUUCUGAGUGUCAAGAUCCACAAAUGAUCAUAUCCAUUCUGUUGCAUCUCACUCCUUGCCUUUGUGCUUUUUGUGGGUUCUCUCUCACUCUCUUUUCUUUCUUUUUUAAGUCAAGAUUAUUCGAAGGGGAGAAUUUGUAGUCAGGAAACAAACCAAACCAUUGUCAAUUUCUGAUGGAGAGGCCCAAUUUGCCGUAAACUCAAUAUUGUGAACUUUUGAACAUGGAAGGAGAAAGCACUGUCAACAGUGGCAAGAAAUCGCCCAUGUGUUCUGUUUGUGGCCAAGACUUCAGCCAACCAUCUGACCUGUUAGAACAUAAAUGUAGUGACGAUGGGCAGAAACCAUGGAAAUGUGGGGACUGUGGGAAGGGAUUCAAAUCUGCUCCAAAGCUGGAAAGGCAUCAGUGCAGUCACAGUGGGGAGAGGCAAUUCACUUGUUCCAAGUGUGGGAUGGGAUUUACUGAGCCAUUCACACUGCUGACACAUGAGAGAGCUCACACUGAAGAGAGACCUUUUAAAUGUCCAGAAUGUGACAAGUGCUUUAAAAGUUCUGAGGAACUGAUAUUGCAUCAGCACAUUCACUCUGAGGAGAGACUAUUCAAGUGCUUUCACUGUAGGACUGGGUUCAGGCGAUCAUCCCACUUCAUUGCACACCAGCGAGCCCACACUGGGGAGAGGCCGUUCACCUGCUCUGAUUGUGGAAAGGGAUUCACUCAGUCAUCUAACUUACUCGCACACCAGUGCACGCACACUGGGGAGAGACCGUUUACCUGCUCCAACUGUGGGAAGGGAUUCACUCAGCUUUCCAAUCUACUGAGACACCAGCGAACUCAUACAGGUGAAAGACCUUUUAAAUGUCCAGACUGUGGGAUGUGCUAUAAAAGUUCUCGGGAAUCGAUGCGCCAUCAAUGUACUCAUACUGAUGAGAGACCGUUCAAGUGCCCUUAUUGUGGGACUGGGUUCAAGCGAUCAUCCUACCUCACUGUACACCAGCGAAUUCACACAGGGGAGAGGCCAUUCAGCUGCUCUGAGUGUGGCAGGGGUUUUACUCAGCUAGCUCACCUGCUGACGCACCAGCGCGCACAUACUGGGGAGAGACCAUUUACUUGCUCUGACUGUGGGAAGAGAUUCACUCAGCUUUCCAACCUACUGAGACACCGGCGAGUUCACACUGACGAGAGGCCGUUUAAAUGCCCAGACUGUAGCAAGUACUUUAAAAGUUCCAGGGAACUGAUCUCCCAUCAACAUAUUCAUACUGAUGAGAGACCGUUCAGAUGCUGUCACUGUGGGAUUGCAUUCAGGCGAUCAUCUCAACUCACCGUGCACCAGCAAAUUCACACCGGAGAGAGACCAUUUACCUGCUCUGAGUGUGGAAAAGGAUUCAGUGAUUCAUCCAACCUGCAGAUACACCAGAGGGUUCACACCGGAGAGAGACCUUUUAAAUGUCCGGACUGUGUGAAGUGCUUUAAAAGUUCCGGGGAGCUGAUGUCCCAUAAGCAUGUUCACACGGACGAGAGGCCAUUCAAGUGCUCUCACUGUGGGACUGGGUUCAAGCACUCGUCUCAACUUACAGUCCAUUGGCAAGUUCACACCGGGGAGAGGCCAUUCACCUGCUCCGUGUGUGGCAAGGGGUUCAGUGAUUCGUCCAACUUGUUGAUACACCAGCGAGUUCACACUGGGGAGAGACCUUUUAAAUGCCCAGAGUGCGGGAAGUGCUAUAAAAGUUCAGGGGAACUGAAGUCCCAUCAACGUGCUCACACGAACGAGAGACCAUUCAGCUGCCCUCGCUGUGGGAUGAAGUUCAAGCGAUCAUCACACCUCACUGUACACCAGCGGGUUCACAGUGGGGAAAAGCCCUUCUCCUGCUCCAAGUGUGGGAAGGGAUUCCCUCAAUUAUCGCACCUACUGAGACACCAGGGAAUUCACAAGUAACUACAGGGACUGGAUUUUGCUGUUUAAUCACAUCCAGAACCGAACCAUAUUCAUUGUGGUUCUGUUCCUGUUGAUUUUAUUGAACUCCAGUUAUACGUGUUAAUGUUCCAAAUAAAAGUCAAAUAAAUCGCCUUAGUAUUAAACACAAA